CGCGAGCGCUUUUUCCUUCACCAAGUCUUUUGACACGUCUCUCAUUGUCCCUUUCAGCAUGCCGCUUCCUACCGGAAACUAUCUUGAAGCCAUCCGCACAACUUCCAAGGAAGUAGUUGCAAAGAGUCCCGUAAAGGUCUCUGAAGAAGGCAUCAAGAACUUUUUGGAAAACCUUGACAAGCAACAAUACGAGGAAUUGUCGAUUGAUACUCCUAUGCGUAUGCCUGUCAAGUUUGACAAUAUUGCCGAAGAAGUCAAUUUUAUUGCUUUGAUCGAUCUGCUCAACUUUGGUAGCGGAUACCGCGUACCACUCCACGAGUUGGCCGGCAGAGGUGCAUUCGAUACGAUCCGUUUUGGAGCCAUGUCAUUUCAUAUCGGUGGCACUCCCAUGACGGCCGAAACCUUCAAGAACAUUACGGCGUUUGAGGUGUCUGAAAUUUUCCAGUUCCCAAUCGAUCGCGAAGUCCAAGCUCCCAACAUGCCUGGCGUGACAAUCGGUGAACCUACGCCGUUGAAGCCAUUAGCUCAAGGCAUCGCCGACGUGCUGAAUACCACGGGUGAAUUUUUGGAAAAGCACGGUUACAAAGACCUUGCUAGUUUCAUUCUGGAUGUUACCAAGGGUGGAGACUCUACCGCCGCGAAGCUCGUAGAGAACCUUAUCAAGGCGUUACCCGGUCUUCACGAUUUCUACAACAUCGAUGGUACGGAAGUGUACUUGUUCAAAAAGGCCCAAAUUCUCGUAUACCAUCUGUGGCUAUUCUUCAAGGACCAGGAUCCCGCACGAUUCGAUUUCAAGGAUAUCCACGAAAUGACCAUUUUCUCAGAUAAUGUAAUCCCUACGAUGCUGGCUCAUUUGGGCGUUCUGGAAUUGCCCCAAUCCUGGAAGGACGAUAUUACGGCGAACGUCGAUUUGGGCGAAACACGGGCCACUAUCCUUCGCGCUGCAGCCAUCGUGGCCUGCGAAGACAUCAUCCGAGCGGCACCUACGGUGGGACCCAUUCCCAAUAUGCAUGAAGGUGAUUUGGAUGUGUACCUUUGGCGUUUAGGCAAGAUCGGUGAUUAUCGCAAGGUGCCUCGAUUUGAGCUGAGAGACACUGUCAUGUUCUGAAGAAAUCAUUCAUAAUAUUAUUAAAUCCAACAGAGAGAUAAAAUAACAUGAUAACUGGUUCAUUUGUAACUUUGUAAAUUAAAAAAAAAGGUGAACAUUUU